AUGUUCCUGUUUUUAACGAGUGUCAAAAUGGGUAUCCUGGGAGGUACCCGACAUGAAAGAGAGAUCAUUUUGUUCUUUGUGUCACUGGCUGUAGUGAGUGGUCAACAAUGGAUAAUGGUUUUUCGUGGAGCUUCUGGAGAUAUCGGGGGCGCAAAUAAUAUUUUUACAUUGUGGAAUAAUCUAGGAACAAGUGGUGAAAAUGUACCAUGCGCCAAUAGCGUUGGAACUAGAUGCAGCACACACUAUAAAAACAAGCUGGUUGAUAACUGGAACAAAAUGAUCAUUCACAAGGUAAAACUUUCAGUCUACAAAAAUGGUUUGGAAAUGAAAAAAAUAAUGUUUAGUCCACCAAAGUCAGCAAACAAAAUUGACUGGUUCAGAAAAGAAUACUUAAAUACCUCAGAUUAUGGAGAUCUGCAAAAAUCGGGCUCCUACAGUAUUUUCGGUAUCAUAGGCGAUCGGUCUUCAAAAAGGCGUUUCUUCAUAAGCCGUUGGAUCGGUGGUUCUUCAGGUGAUCCAGGUAAAUUUUGGAUGGGAAUAUCAGAGAGGCGUGACGUAGAGGGACCUUCGCUUCCAGCAAUUCUGUUUAGUCCUAAUUACUAUUCAAUAAGAUGGACUCAUAGGAACAUCCAAGUCAAAGAACAUGAUACCAUUACCCUGAGGUGCGAAAAUGGAGGAUUGAUACAGGUGCAAAGUGCUCGCUAUGGAUUAGGGAGUUGUUGGGGCUCUGUAACUCAUAUUCUCAGACGUAGCUGUAACUCCAGGAAUGACUGUAGCACCCCUGCAGAGAACUCCUUAUUUUCUGACCCUUGCGAAGGAGAACAUAAAGUUGUACAAGUGGAAUAUGUUUGUGGACCAGCCACAGCUGACGAAUUUGCUAUCUACAUUGAUAUUGAAGACCAGUCAAAAAUACAGAAUUGUGCCGAAAUAGAUUUGGAUUGUUAUUUGUCUCCAAGAGGUCAUUGUAAAAGAUGCAAUUCUAGUCGUUCAGUAAAACUCUACAAUAACAGUACAGAGUGUGCAUGGCUGUGUUCACAAGAAAAUAGGUAUUGUUGGCCUGGAACGUGUGGUCCUGACAACGUUGCCAAACAUUGCCACUGUGACGAUGGUUUUUCAACUGAAGAUUCAGCACAGGCGAACUGUAUCAUGACCCGUAAGCCAACUAUUGAAACGUGUUUUGCUGGAGUUCAUGGAAAAAACGGAGAGCACGUCACGCUCAGAAAAUUAAAUUCAUCCUCUGCUUGCAUGGACCAAAGAGAUAACUACAUAAAUUUCUUGCCGAACAGAACGGAAUUCAGUCUGCAGUUCUCUUUUGUAAUUACACCAGUCCAUUCCAAGCCAGCUUUUAUAAAAGAGUACAAGUUUGGAAUAGGUGGAGGAAGUGUUUCACUUCGAUGGAAGAGAGUUGGUGCAGGAAACACAUUUGCAAUAAUUGACUAUGCUCUCUCUGAACUUGGUAUCAGUGUGGGAAAUCUUGACGAUACUGUCAAUGCAAGACACACAAAUACUGUUUUAUCGGAUAUCGAUCUUCAAAACGGAGAUGGGCUUUGCUUCAGUUUUACGGCAGUUGGUAAAGGGUAUCUUCAAACAACAGCCCUUCACAAUCCAAGCAGUAUUUCACCCAAAAGAUAUUAUAAUGAAACGAACACUAUAAAGGAAAAAUGCUUUUGGUUUGACCAACUGAAACCUUUGCAUUGUAAAGUUACAAAGGGUUGUGAAAACUUAGAUACCAUUCAGAUAUCCAGUCCUAUUACCAAAUCAUCAGUUGUAACCAUUGGAAUAAACGGCUGGAAAGAUCAAGAUAUACAUAAUGGUAAACAAAUAAAAGCAUCAGGGAUUCGCCAGUACGGAAUAUCUGUGUAUGGUAUAGGUGGUGAAGGCAGUAUGUUAAAACCAAGUCUUACAGCUGACAAAAGUAACUCCCGGAUAUCAUCAAAUUUAACGACAUUUGAAAUUGAAUUUACAAAGUGUGGCCUUUAUGAAAUUAACCUUGAAGUUCAAGAUAACAGCGGCGAAGGGAAUGUUCAAAUUUCUCGUAGAUUUGUUCUAUUUGACAAUAGUUCAACGAUUCUGAAAGAUGAUUCAAAAAGGCUACAGUUCACAACAGCUGAUAAUGGUUCACAUAAGAUCUGGCAAACACAAAAAAAGUUUGUUUGCUUCGACUGGUCAGGUCGAUUUUAUAAUUCUUUUCAGAAAUAAUCUAAUCUGUUGAAACCGAUUGAAACUAAAGCGACAAUUUUGGACAUAUACGAUGACAAUGAAUAUCCUUUGCCGAAAAAUGGUACCGCUAAUGUAGACGGCAUUAUCGACUUUAGAUUCACAGUAUAUGUAAAUGAUGUUAAGGAAAUAAAAAAUCAAUCACAGAAGAACGUCUUAAUUCAGAACCAUUGCACAAAUCUGACCCUGUUUGACGGGGAUUCCGUCAUGGUAGAACUGGUAGCCACAGACAUCAUGGGUAAUACCAACAACGAAUCUACACGGGUUUUCAUCGAUACAUCAGUUCCAGAAAUUACCAACAUGGGUUUAAAGAGGGGAGCCUUCAAUGGGCUGUUUGUUCACAACACUUCAGAACUAUCCAACAUGAAAAUGACGUUGACUAUUAAGGACAUUCACAGUGGAAUCCUCUCUAUAGAAUGGUAUUUUGGCACUAAAGAUGGGUCAAUGGAUAUUGGUCAUGGAACUCUUGGAGUGAAUCGAUUACCUGAAAAGGCUGACUGCAAUAAUUCUACAGACUGUUACUGCCCAUCAUAUGGGGCUUGUGAAAAGUCUUUGUAUAAUGUAGACAUGUCAAAGUUAAUUGGCAAUAAUACGAAUACAGGUCUUCACAACCGAGAAUACUUCUUUACUUUCGUUGUCACGAAUAAUGCAUUCCUCCGAACCGUAGAUCAUGUAGACAUACUUGUUGACGAGUCCGCUCCCGUCAAAGGCGUAGUUAGAGAAGGCGUGUUUGGUGAAAAGGACAUUGACUUUACGGAAGAGAAUAAUACUUUUAUUAAUUGGGAUGGCUUCGUUAACCAUGAAAGUGGAAUACUUCUUUACAAAGUUGCAUUGUCUCCCUGGUGUUUAAAACUAGAAGAAAUGCUAAAUGGGGUAAACAAUGACAGCAUUGUUGUGAUUAAUACUACGGAAAACUCCGCACGUAUAUAUUUUCCAAAGGAAGGCACGUUUAUCUCAUCCGUUAUUGCUUUCAACAAUGCCGGAGAACCAUCUGAUGUUGCUUGCUCAGAUGGCAUUACAUACGACUUGUCUCCAAUUGAAAUCUUUAAUUUAACUGGUUUCAAAUUCACGACAGGACAAGGAAUAGCGUGUGAUGAUCACCACAAUCCGUUUCUUAUACUACGGGAUCUUACAAAAGUUUCACUUAGAAAAACUCCCAAAUGCAUUGAUAUCUGUAGAAAUAAUACAUUUCCGAUAUUUAUUCACGCUUUACCAAGCUUACACAAUAUCGGGUCCGAUGAAACUUACUCUGAGGGAAUAUGUGGAAAAACUCCUCCAUUUGUCAACCAAGAAAUCUAUAUUCCAUCUGGUACGAUUGAUGUUGAGUGGAAAUACCGUGGUAGUGAAUCUCAACUUCAAGACUUUUAUGUUGGGUUUGGACAGUCUUUCUCAGAAUAUCUCAGUCCUUCACUUGUGUCAUUCGAAAAAACAUCAGGCCAUUCUAGAUAUUUCAAUCAUCAUUCUGGGUUGCGAAGUGCUCAAAGAUUUUGGAUGUACCUAAAAAGCAAAUCCAAAGCAGGAGUUGAAAAAACUAUUCCAGUUGGACCUUUAAUUAUUGACUGUACUCCAAUAGUAUUAACCAAAGAGCUGAUUGUGGAUAUCAAAAACAAAACUAUCUACAUUGGAUGGGAAAAUCAAACAUUUGUAGAUGAAGAAGAAACUGACCCAGUUUCUUCCAUACUGUUCCGUAUUGGAUCUGGGUCUACAUUUGUUACGCCUCUUUUACAACACUAUAAAUCACAACUAUGUCCACAAGCUAAUGCCAUUGACUGCAUAGCAUAUCCUGUUGAUCGACUUCAUCGUGCAAAAACCGAAAAUUUGCUGAACUAUUUUGCAGAGGUUAUCAUUACAAAUAAGGCAGGUCACACGGCAUAUACGCGAACAAAAGUGUUUCAAAUACCUAGCCAGGAUGCUCCAAGUCGAGGAAUCGUCAUAGACAUAAAUGAAGAGUCCGAGGACUUUACUGAUCUAGAUUACUUGCUGUACCCAAAUAAAUUAUGCAUAAAGUUGAAAGGCUUUGACCAUCAUGAAAAUGUAUCCUUUAAGGUGGGAGUCGGAACGAGAAAAGGACAUGCUGAUGUUAUUCAAUAUACCAUCCCGUCGACAAAAUAUAAAACAUGUUUUAAUGCGACAGAGUUUAAACCAUUUGUUAAAUAUUAUUCAAUUGUAAAAGCGCAAUGUGUUGGUGGAGAAUCAGUAGUUUCAUCUGACGGAUUUACAUUCAUUGAACCAAACUAUUUUCUAUCCAACUUCCAUGUGCAUGAUGGGAAACGAUGUUCAUCAGAUUCAUCAGAUUUAAUUUUCGUACACACAAUGAAGAAUACAACGGAAUACGAGAUAUUGAUAAACAAAACGUUAAAAAUUGGAAAAGUUUACUCAAUUGUAAUUUUUUCCAAAUCAAUUACCUUGAAUUCUCCCAAAGUUCGGGUUUUAACAGAAAUAUCACGGAGAAACUACAAAAUAUUUAUAUUUUUUCCAAAGUCUCCAAUUUUGAAUUUCACUACUAAUACAAAUAAGCCUUUCAAUGCAAGUUUCUACCAGUGCAAUCUUGAUGAAGAAUUCUUGAAACAUACAGAUGAAAUUUUUACUUACUGGCACUUUGAAAAUCUUAUUCAGCCUACUCAGUAUAUAGUUCACCUACGACAAGGAAUAAAGAACAGUUUGAUUGCCAUGCAAACGAUACCCGGCAUAAGAGCCAACGCUUCUUUUAAAAAUGUUCAUCUUGUUGACAAUUUAACGUACACUAUAGGAGUAUCGCCUUGUUUCGGGCCGUUUUGUUUGGAGUUUAAAACAUCAGAUGGAUUCAUAUACAAUGCGCAAUCAUUUCUGUUAGAUAUAAAAGAGGCGUUGAUAACUUUCUCUGACAAUCACGCAACACUUAAUGUAAACUGGGAGGUUCAAAAUGAGGUUUUAGACAGUGGCGAGCUCUUUGGAUUCUGGGCCCUUACUUCAGACGAAAACGGAAGAGACAUUCUCUUAAAGUGGACAGAAGUGAAAGUUCCCAAUCAAGUUAAAACAACGCUUAGUAAUUUUGAAAGCUGGACACACAAACUUUACUUCUGUUUGAAAUUUUGGAUCGGAGACGAAGAAUGGAUAUAUCAGUGCAAAGAUGUGAAAACUGCUAAUACCAGGAGUGAUAAUCACCUUAAAGUUUUCGACUUUGAUUUCCAGAAACUCAAUAAGAGUUUUGUAGAUGUCAUUACUCAUGCUUCAUUCAGCGAACAUCUAGGAAGCUUUUAUGACGAAUUCUUAGAACUAGAAAUUGACUACUGUUCACCCAUUACAGAAAUAGCUGUUCUUAUUUUGGGGCAUGGCGGGGAAAACUUAAAAGUAUUUCUUAUGACUUCGAUGUUAACACCAGAAUAUGGUGAUCAAUGUCACCAGCUUACGGAUUGCAUUAUGGCUACAAGUACAAACACAGGAAUAGCAUUGUUCAAAAAAAAUGAUUUUACUCAUGGAUCUUUAUUAUACUCUUGCGUUCGAGGUGAAAAUAAGUCGUAUGGCUGUAGUGAUGGAAUAUUGGUUGACGCAACCCCUCCGAAAACAGGAAGAAUAGCAAUACCAAAUGUAAAUGGCUUCAUCUCUACAAUGUCGGCCUUAUCACUAUACGUUGAGCCAUUUUUAGAGGACGCAGUGCCAAUUGGAACAAGUGAAAUACCAUCCGUUGCCUUUUAUGAAUAUGCAAUAGGUACAAACCCUCAAACAGACGAUGUUUUUAACUGGCGCAAAUCAAUCCAUCCUGGGAAAAUAAAUAUUCCGCAUCUUCGUUUAAGCCAAGGAGAGACCUAUUUUGUCAGUGUUUCAGCUACAAACAGAGCAGGAUUAAAAAGUAAUUACGUCGUUACCAAGGUAACAGUAGAUAUAACUCCUCCCCAUGCUGGUACAGUGUAUGUAGGAAAUGUCAUGCAGAAAAGUUACGUAAGCAGUGGUGCUGUAACAGUGCACUGGAAAGGAUUCUAUGACGACGAAAGUCAUAUCAAAGACUUGGAAUGCGCCCUUUUUUCUGAGAAUGGUGAAAGUGUAAUGGCAUUUUAUUCUGCAUUUGGAAGUUCAUUUAACAUAAUAAUGAAUCAAACCCAAAGCCUUACAGACGGCUAUUCCUAUAGGGCAAUACUAAAGACAACCAAUUAUGCCCUUUUGUCAACCGUUGUAUAUUCAAACAAUUUCACUGUUGAUACAUCGCCUCCACGUAAAGGGACUGUGUUUGAUGGUACCAGAGAAAAUGAGGACAAAGAUUAUCAAACGAGCUUGGUUGUUUUAUGCGCUGGAUGGAGUGGGUUUAGUGACCCUCAUACAGACAUUAUAACGUACCGCAUUGGUGUUGGUACCAACCCAAAAUUUCCUGAUAUAAAACAUUACAGACACAUAGGACUUCGUCAAGAAUAUUGCUGGAAUAUGAGUUUGACCUCAGGGCUGAAGUAUUUUACGUUUGUUGAAGCGUGCAAUAGAGCUAAUCUUUGUACUGUGUCGGUAUCUGAUGGAAUAAUAGCAGAUAAUUCUCCUCCUCUUGCUGGAUUAAUCUACAUCAAAGGAAUAACUGGACGCAUGGUAUAUUUAAAUGAUAGAACAUUGAUAUCGGCUUCGUGGGUAGGAUUUGAAGACCCCCAUUCAUCUAUCGACCAUUUUGAAUGGUGCAUAGGAACAGCAAAAGACAACUGCGAAAUAACGUCUUUUAAAAACUCCUACUUGUCAGCUGAUGUAUAUGUUUCGUCCCUGAUGUUGCCUUUAAAUACACAUUUAUACUUAUCUGUAAGGGCUUUCAACAACGUCAAUCUUUCUACCAUAGCAUACUCCCAUGCUUUUAAAGUGGAUACAUCUCCACCAAAAAUCUUAACGCACCCAAAGAUACACAUCCUAACAAGUCCCUGUACCACAUCAAAUAGUAUCCAGUAUGACAAUUCUGUACUGCAAGUAUCUUGGCUGUUUGUCGAUGAUGAAAGUCGCAUCUCCCAUCACGUUGUGUCCCUUAAAAGCCAUCAUGGGAAAAAAGUACCAUAUGAAAGGGUCAUUCACGAAAACAUAAACUCUCUGACAAUAACAUUCAAUGCAACCAAUCGUCUUAUUAACGGAGACCGCUAUUCAAUCAUAGUAACUGCUUGUAACUUGGCAAGUCUUUGCAAUGUUAGAGAGAGUGACGCUUUUGUCAUUGAUUCUAGUCCACCUCAUCUGGGUGGUUUUUCAUCUGAUCAUCUUUGGCAAACGUCUGGGAACACGACAUCCGUAACAAUCUCAUGGUACGGAUUCAAAGACGUUGAGUCGGACAUAGCAAAUUAUUUUAUUUCUGUUGGAUCGUCUUACAAUGGAGGAGAAUACACAAAAGGGUUCGUUAACAUUCCAGGAUAUAAUACAACAGCAACGGUUGUACUACAUAAAUUUAUACCUGUUGUUUUCAGAGAAGUUAUUUUAUCGAUUUAUGCAGUAAAUAACGCAGGACUUAAAAGCAAAACAGCUAAAGCUACAGUACUAACGUCAUUGUCAAAUAAGUCUAAUUCGAAAGGGAAACUUGUACUGCAGAGACAUUCUUGUAAUUCGUUUUUCUGUAACAAUCUUUGUACAUGUGGAGUUGUAGGAUUGAAGUGUUUAUCUAAAGAGCAUGCCAAUUGCAACAAAUUAAAUGAAUCGUCAACUGAGGUAUACAUUGGAUCUAAUAAUCUUACUAAUAUUGCCGUGCAGCCAUCAUCGUCCUGUGUAACUGGGUCUUGGAUUUCAAAUUCUAGCCUGAUUAAACGAUAUGAGUGGACCAUAGGGAUAAAGGAUGAGGACCCUGGACAAGGAAUAUAUGACAUCCAAAACGAGGAUCCAUGGAAUGAUAAUAAUUUGGAAACAACUAUUCUCUUUUGUUUGCCAGUAGAUAAAACAUUUGUUAGCAGCCAACGAUAUGUAUUGUACGUGAGGUCAUGGUUUACAGAAAAUAACUACAGCGUCUCAAAAAGUGACAGUAUAUUGAUAAAAAAUACAUCUCCUACAAUAAACAUUGGCCAGUACCUAUUAAUAUCUAAAAAUAAAGCAUGUGGAGAAAAUAUUCGGUAUGCAGGAAUCGGUUGGAAAGUUUGUAGUUGCUGGAGAAAUGUCUUUGAAGAUAAUGGUCCUUUACUUUACACAUUCAGCGUUGGAUCAACCCCAAAAUCUGAUGAUAUACUCACAAAAGUGUAUCUUGGAAACCAGACGGAAAUAUGUCCGUCCUUGACGUUGGAACCUGGUUUGCGCUACUAUUUCACAGUCUCAGCUAUGAACAAUGUUGGGUUAUAUACUAGCCUUUCGUCAAACGGUUUGGUAGUCGACGAGAAUGAACCAAGUUCUGGUGUUGUAUUCAACACUCCAUUACAAACAAACAAUUAUUACCAAUCAAACAUAUCUUCAACCGGGGUUUCAUGGUUUGGCUUUUCAGAUAGGGAGUCGUUUAUUCAGAACUAUUCUUUUGUUACUGAAGUUUAUGAAAAUAACUCAUUUCAUUCUAUUGGGACUACAUCAAUUACUUUACUAUCACAAUCUGGAUUGAAUAUUUCGCGCAGUGAAGGAAAUAUCUAUAGGUAUGCUGUACAAGCUGGUGAUGCAGCAGGACAUCUUAGUACAAAAGCUUACUCUCCAUCGUUUACUUUUGACAAUACUGAACCAAGAGCUUUCCUUUGCAGAAACAAAACUUUAAUUCAUCAUGAAAUAACGGAUUCAGUAAAUACAGACUUUUAUCUUGAUUUGCGUAAAGGCGUUAUCUACAAGUUUUUGGUUUAUAUAGAAGAACCUUCGUGGGAUACAACUAUUCUUCUUCAAUUUGAAGAUGAUGUAGUCAUAUUGCCGGUAAAAAUUAACUCAAAUGGAUCGGCGGAAUUAACUGUUGAUUUAAUGGCAGCUUCAACUGGUCGUAGAAUUAUUUCAAUUACGCAACAACAGUCAGCCAUUUAUACACUAAGGAAAAAAAUCUAUCAGUGUUGUCCAUAUUUUACUUUCCCUAAUAAGGAUUCAAUUGAGUUGACUCAAUUUUCAUCAGACGAUUAUCAAGUCUGUGUCAGAGCAGUGGAUGACGAAAGUGGAAUAUUCCAAAUUAAAGUGGGACUAGGAACAACAUUAAACGGAACACAAAUCCGUCCUCUUGCUGAUAUUGGAGAUAUACAUCACUCGUCUAUACAUGCCUUACUACCCCAUGGAUCUCCAGUCUUUGCCCAUGCUAUCGCCGAAAACUUUGCCGAUUUACAGUCAUAUUUUAUAUCAAAGAAAACGAUCAUUGAUCACACUCCGCCCACGAUUAAAAUCAUGUCAGUAAAUCUAGAAUAUGAAGACAUCAACAACAAUACACUUUCAAAAUAUAACGUGUAUUUCUCAGCUGAAGAUUUAGAAAGUGGAGUUCAACACUGCAAAUUGUGUAUGGGGGAUGAAGAUAAUUUUCGAAUUCACCGCUGUGAUGACGCGUUAACCAAUCAUUUUCAGUCGAAAUACUUUAAAUUGACACACGGAACUAAAUUUGUGCCUAUUGUUAUUUGUGUCAAUAAUGUGGAACUUGAAAAAACCCAAAAAAGUAACACCAGCAUCAUUUCGUUUGAAAAUCCAAGCAUCGGAAAUGCAAAUAUAGAUUUCAUUGUCCCGGAUCCAUCGAUUCAAGUGAAGGGUUAUCUAGUUCAACGUGAUCUCACCAAAAUAGACGUUCGUUGGUCUGGCUUUGAGGACAAAUCAGGAAUAAUGUCAUUUGAAUGCAAGCUGCAGAAAGGAGGGGAUAUGAUAAUGAACUGGGUAGCAGUGGGAAGGAAAGAUUAUGCGUCUUUUAACAAUUUAUCGCUCAGAAGUCAAGAAGUUUACACAGUAUUUGUUCGCGCCGUAAACAUUGGGAACAAGACAAGUUCUCCAAUUAAUGCCUCGAUUUAUAUUACUUCAGAAAGAGCAGGUCUUACAGGAUAUUCGGCUACAUUGAGCAAAUCCAUUAGAGGUAUGGAAUUGAAUUGGGAAAAUGUUUUCGCCAAAGAUGAAAGUUUUAAUUCCACCUAUGACAUCAGCGUUGGGUCUGCUCCUGGGUCAAGUGAUAUCAUACGUGAAGUUGGCCUACAGAGCACCAAAAGCACUAUUUACCUAACUGAACAUGGUCACGUGAUAUAUAUCGUGAUCAAAGCAUUGUUCCCGACUUCGACCUAUCGAAUCUACAAGGAAGCGCUUAUCGUACAAUAGUAACCAGUGUGUACAUGAUUUCUUUCUAUGUUGUAUCAUGUUGUAGUUUUCUAUUUUGAUUCAGUCUAGUAGUUAAUGUUUGUAGUUGAAGGACCUAAGCUAGUGUGAUUGAUAUAAUACAAAUACAGUGUACAUAUAACUAGAAUGACAUAUACAGGUCGGAUACACUACCUUAUAUGGAUAGCAUUAUUUAACACGUGACAGUAUUUUCGUCAAACAGAUUCUCCAAUCCAGUGAAUGAAUUGCAAUGCAUGACGGUCUACAACGUGUUUACGAUUCAACAGACGCACAUGGUUUUUGUCUGUUUUAUUCACAAUAUUUAAUUGCUUGCCGGAAUGUUUGUACAUCUUGAUUUUUACUUUAGAAGGUAAAAAAGGAAAGAUUACGUGCCAUUAACUUUGUUCCAUGCUCACAUUGAAAAAUACUGUUGUUUUAGUUGAUAAAUUGUUGCUUCAAAAAUUAUCAGUAUCAAACGACUGACAAACAUACGCAUACAAGUACAAACAGGUUUUGAUAAGAAAAAGCUGUGUAUUGGUGACUUUCAUCAUUGUGCACUAGAAAUAAAUACAGGUAACUGUACAUUUGUACUAACAUACGUGAAUAGCCACGGUAGUAGAGAUGCACAAAUAUACAAACACAGAAGCGCAAGCUGUGCAGCAUAUAGUAUUUUGUCCGUUAAGCAUUCUAAUGAAUGUCCCUGAAGAAAAUAUCAACGUGCAUUCUAAUAAUGUUGUCUUAAAUAUGGGAUAUUACGUGAAAAAAAGGGUACUCACUGCUUCCAAUUCUAUAGGACGUACCUCUCAUUUGAACAUUGACAAUGGGGUAUUUAAAUAGGUUGAUAUAAGUCCUCAUAUGCAAUAUUUUUUAAAUGUGAGCAUAGAAAUGGAAGUUCAGACAUAAUUGUCCAUAUUAAUUUCAUAAAUUCUGAAAAAUCAUUCGAAAUGAGUUUCCAAAGGACAAUUCAAAAUGGUAUAUAUUUUCAAUACGCUUUGUAUACACUGAAACUUGUAGUAGCCCACAAUGCCUUGCAACUCAUUCACUUGAUUGGUUUGUCGAUAAAAGUAAACAGAUGGCUAAUUUAGUAUGCAAAUUUAUGCCGACGUCACAAAAUAUAGUGGUCUCGACCUGAUAUAUACAGACAAAUAAUUGAGCAGUGACUGUUUUGAUAUUGUUUUAUAGAAAAAGGCGUAAGGAAUAAAGUAUCACCAUUUGAUGUGUUUUUUCAAAGUUGCAAGCUGUUUUCGUCACAUACUACAUGUAUAUGGAAAUAUUAAGAGUUUUUAAGUUUAAAUGUAUUGUUAUCAAACACGUUGUCAUAAACAACGACUUACAUCAAAUUACAAUUAUUGAUACCAGCACCAUACUUCCUCUUGUUUGGGUAAACCGUGGGCUGUUCAUAUAUAUAAUCAUAGCAAAAAUACUUUGACCGGGAGUAUUUCUUAAAAUCUAUGUUACAUUUAUUGACACCGAUGUUGAAUAAUAUAUUUGAUGCAUUUUUGUGACGUCAUAUGUACUUUGUAAUCACGUGACGGGCGAAUACUAAUAUUGCAAAUGAUCUAUUUAAAUCGCAUCGGCGCAGGCGAUUAAUGACAUUAAAUCAUACAUAUUUUUAAGAAAAAUCUUUUGUUAAGUCAUAUACUUUGAAGUUCUUGCUAGGGAAAGAAAAAGAUAUUUUGUUUAUGGAAAAUAUUGUUGAAACAUUCCACAAAAUAAUCAAAAUAA